CAACUUUAAUCCUUCCAGCGUGCUAUUUUCAAAUAAACUUACAUGCACUCGAUGGCAUACUAUUUUGCGCUAAUACCGCACUGCGACUGGAGGGAAAAAAGUUGAGAAAUGCCUAUGUAAGCUCAAAAAAAAGCGCGAUUUUAAAAUUUUCUCUUGUAUUUCCACCGCUGCCUGAAAGGCGGGCUAGGCCCGGAUCACGUGACGCGCUCCAACUCCGGGCGGAAGCGCGCCUGGAACGGCUCGCCGAAAGAUGGCUGCUGCAGCAGCGGGGUGGACGGCGCCCGGGAGCGGGCUCUAGGGCCCGCGCCACCCCGUCCCCGGUGCUCCUUACCAUGAGGCCAGUGAGUCGCCGCACCCUGGACUGGAUUUACUCCGUGUUGCUACUUGUGAUCGUCUUGCUCUCCUGGGGAUUCGUCAUCUAUGCAUCGACUGUAGCUGCGCGACGACAGCUACAGAAGGAGUUUCCAGACAAAUUCUUGGAAAUGAAUGAACUUUGGUAAUUCAGCAAACACAGUUCUUUCCCUCAAAGAGCACCUAUGUAGACUUAAAAGUAAAAUUCACAAUACAAAAUUGCGUAUGGUCUUUUGUGA